ACGGCAACGUCGCACCUCGCCGACGAUCGUGCCUCCACCGCGGCGCGCCGCUGUGGGGAAUCGCCCGCCACCGAGUUGAGCGAGACGCAUUCACUACCGUACCAACACAUUAUACCUACGAAACUGGCAUUAUUUUUAUAUUACUUUUUUUAUACACUAUUGGGAUAUUGCUCAAUUCAUCAGUAGUUUAGUUUUACUAUAUCGAGCGGGUGUUUGUAUACGCGUGGCGCUCUCUAUCGGCAUUCGGCGAAGUGUGUGUAGCGCGGGAAGUGCGGGGGCCGCGGGGCGAGUUUUUCGUCCCCCUACUUCAGUUUGUCUCUGACGCGCAUUAAGUAGGACGUGUUGCUAUUCGCCGCUUGUGAAGGAUCGUUCACGCGGUAACUUUGAACUGUGACAGUGCUCAAAAAGUGAUAUCGUAAUAAAGAAUGUGUGUUGGAUUGCGGUGCCCUACAAAUUGGAUGCAGUGAUCGGAUCACAGUAACUGGAUUGCAGUGUUUUUUAUUUGGAUUUUGCAUUUUUCUCACCGGCCAAACUGGGGAUGCAUAAGAUGGAACUCGGCGACAGCGUGUACGCCGCCGAGCGUAUAAUGAAGAAAAGAAUUAGAAAGAACAAAGUGGAGUACUACGUGAAAUGGAAAGGGUGGAAGCCGAAACACAACACGUGGGAGCCCGAGGAGAAUAUUCUCGAUCCGCGCCUGAUUCAGAGCUUCGAGCGGGGCGAGGAGUUACGCAGGCAAGGACGGAAACGGGAGCGCGAGCAUUCGCCAGUGGAGAGAGCGAGAAGUGGAUCCGAGGAAACACAUCCGCCACCCGGCAAACGCAAAGCUGCUGUUCUAUCUCAAGAGUCAGGAAAAAUUGGUGUCACAAUUACUAUGAGCCCACCAGCGAAACGACACGACUCGGCAAAACUGAAUGGCGGACGGACUCCACACACCAACCAGCCUCCUCCCCCCGCGGCGCCUCCAGGGGGCGCUGCCGCACCAGCUUCCCCCGCUGCAGAAGCUGCCGCCCCAAGGACAGGUCCGCGAAGGGCGCCGCACUCGCCUGAGGAAGCGGACGCACACACACCCCCAGACCGCGAACGACGAACGGACACCCAGCCAACGGCGACCGCGCCAGCGGAACCGAAGGGUGCCCGACCGCCACCUCCCGCACCCCAGCCUGAAGACGAGGACUCUUGGGGCGAAGCGCCCCCCGCAGUACCGCCUCCACCGCCACAGCCGCCACGUCGCGACGCCGCAUACUGGAUGGCGCGUUCUCCUGUCGCGGACCAAAUCUUCAUCACCGACGUCACGGUCAACCUACAGACUGUGACCAUUAGAGAGUGUAGAACAGAGCGAGGCUUCUUCAGAUCCCGUGAUUCCCGACCUCUCGACGUGACGUAAACGACACUAAUGUGAGACUUUGUACAGGCAUAGCUAGCUAGUAUUUAUUUUGUUUAUUUGUGAUGUAUUAAGGAAGACCUGAUUGAGUGACUGGUCACCGGAGGUUGCUUGUGAAUUAGGCCUAAAUGAGAGUAGUAACGUUGAGAUAGUUGAGAAACAAGUUCAAACUAAACUGUAAUUAUUUAUAUAUAAGUGUAAUAAUGCAAUAUGACCACCAAUUUAACAUAAAUAGACAGAGUAUUGUCAAUUGUUAAAAAUAAGAAACUAUAUUAUUCGUUAAAUUGUUUGUAAUGGUUAUAAGUGUAUGGUAUUUAAAGCCAUUUUGUACAGAGUACUGUUUCGUACAGUCUUUUCACGGUAUGUGUAUGUGCGUAAAUACUUAGAUGCAUAAUAAGAUAUUUCCAUUGGAUACAUAUUUUUGUAGCCAUAAGUAGGUAUAUCUAUAUUGUGUCAAAUAUAAGUAGGGCACAGAUAUUAAUCUAUUAUUUUAAUUUGAAAUGAAAUAACCAUCGAAUCUCUAAACUCGCAACGUUUAUCUAUAGCCACUGAAUGAAAUUGUAUAAAAUUUGUAUAUACAUUUUAUUUAAUUGUUGUUAUUAUUAUGUGAUUGAUUUCAACUUUCAAUUCAGUUGUGUUAUAUCUCUGUAAUGUAAUAUUAAAAAUAUAUUUGCAUGCAACGUUUAUGGGCAUGUACGGAAAAAAAUGGCAAUAAUUUGUGAACACCUGCUUUCUGUAGUCGGUGAUAACAAGACGCCUUAUAAAUCAAUGUAAAUAUGUAAUGUUUGAUCGAUUAUUUGCUUAUCUGAGUUUUUAAUUUUUAAAUUCCAGUGAAAUAUGAUUAAAUUUAAAAUGUUUAACAUUUAUUUUUUCAUUGUACUAUAAUAUUUGCAAUAUAUGUAAUUUAUAAUAUAAUAUGUGAAGUAAUAAUUUAAUUUGAAAUUUGAUAGCAAUAAUGUGUUUGAUAACUGCAAAACAAAAUUGUAAUAGUUGCCAAACUUUUUAGUGAUAGAUUCUAAGCAACGUUCUAGGGCAAUUGUUUAUGAAAUUAAUAGGUAUUCAAAUUGAUGCUAGAUUUUGGUACAAACACUGUCUAACACUAUCUGAUCUGUAAAAUACCUAAAUAGAUGGCAACCCAACAUACAAAUCUGUUUUCAGCCUUUUACCUACGUUUAUAUAACCUAAGUAACUUAUUAGAAAAUGUACUGAAAAGUAACAAAUCAAAAAUUGUAGAUGUGAUUUUAAACACAUAUAUGUAAUGCCACCCCCCCCCCCCCCCCAAUAUAAUAUGCAUAUAAACACCUAAUCCAGAUUAUAUAUAUCAAUAUAAACUGAGAGUAAGCCUCUAUAGCUGUCUGCCUUAAUAUUUAGGUAAUCUUUAUUUACUCUUAUGAGUUCAUAAUAUUUGUUAUUUCGGUCAUUGCAAUUAGUUUGACCUACUUGAAUUUAAAUAGUGUACUUAUUAAGUAAACUAUCCUAUACUUUAUUUUGAUGACAGUUUUUUUUUUUUUUUGUAUGCUGAAAUCUAAAUAGUUUUAUUUAAAUACAGUGGUGUAAUUCUGAGGCAUUAUUUGUCUAAUCAAAUAUUAAAAUUUCAAUUUGAUAUUACUUUUCAUCGAUUUCCUAAUAGAUUUAAAUGAAAAUUAUUCUUAUUUUCAUAUAUGAUUGUUUAUAAAAUAGUAAUUACCCGAAAUUACCAAAUUAAAAUGGACCCAGUGUAAAAUAGACCCAGUUGUAAAAUAGAUAUUUAUUCUAUUAGCAGUAAAUGAUAACUAAAAACACAAUACUUGGUUUAUAGUAUGUAUACUUAAAACUUAGGUAUCUAAAUAAUAAUAAUAAUUUAAUUAAAUACCUAAUAUAUUCUCUAAAACGUGUCUGCUUUUCACUCGUUACGUUACACAUCGUGUAAUAAUUUCAAUGAGAAAAAUCUCUUAUCAGUUUGGUUAGGUUUCUAAACGAAACAGUUGCUUUAAUGAAAUUUGGCAUGACAAAGAUAAGAAGUAGCAUUAAUCAUCUUACCCCAGAGGUAUCUUCUAAAAAAUCUCACAUGUGCUGUUCUUUUGAUAACUAGGUACAUCAUCAUGAUUCAACUGAAAGACAGCGCUUGCUAGAAAAGCAAACGUGACCUAAACAACAGAUAGUGGGAUGAGGGUUAUUUUAGUUAUAUUAUGAUGUCUAGCGUAAUGGAUGCUCCGCAUCCUCUAUUUACCUCUCGUGGGUGCUGGAAACCCCCGAGCGCUCACGGAGUCGGCGCCCCUGCGUCUUGUCAUAAAUAAGUCAAACAUGUUGAGUUCAAUAUCUCUAUGUUUAGAUGUUUUAAAAAAUCGUGUGUUUCUAUUUAUGUUUAAAUAAAAGAGAUUUUUAUAUUAUUAAAAAUAAAAGGUGUUUAAAAUAAUAAAUUGUAUUAUAACAAUCUAAUAACCUUUAUUACACUGACUAAACAAUAUUCAAUCGAUUAAAUCAUGUUUCGUUUUUUUAAAAACAUUUAGACAAUGUUUUAAAUAUUUUCGGUAUUAGAGUUAUCACUAUAUAAUUGGAGAAGACAUCGUACAUGAGUCGUAAUCGCAUAUAUAUUACAGCCUUCAUCGCGUAAUGCGUAACUAUCUCUUCGCAUUCUUUACGCGAAUUGAUCUGCGACUUGAUUGCUACGCUUUACGCGCUACAUUUAAUAUGCGCUGUAUAUUGAAGUAGCUCCGCACUUAUUACGUGCAUAAUAUACUAUACUAUACUGCGGGUCUACCAUGAAAUGAAAUUCCGAAUUUUGGAACUCAAUUUCGUGUUUUUGUUUAUAUCAAAAGUGGACCAAUAAAUGGAAUUUAACAUUUCGUUCGUCAUACAUCCUACCAUAAAAGUCCAAAGGAACGAUAUUUUAACAUUUUUAAUAUUUCCAAAUGGCAUGUAUUAUAUAAUUUUAAGAUCAAAUUUGUGUUUCGAUUGGCUCCGAAAUUUCGGAAAACAUUUCAUGGAUUUUUUGUGUUGUUUCUUUUAACUGUAAUUAUUAUUGUUGUUGGCAACAAAAAGAUCUAUCUGUCUAUACAUUACAUGAAUCUCGUACUGAAAAAUGUUAUAUUCUGUACGAUUACGCUGUACAUCUGUAUAUGCAUAUGUGACGACUCAUAUAUGAUAGUAUAGUAAUGAUUGUAACGAAUGUAAUCACGAAAACUAGUACUGCUAUAUAGAGAUGGGUAAUAUCCAAUAUCUUUAGGGGGAAGAGAUUGUUAGUAAUGGAGACUGAGAAUCCCAUUGCUAGCAAUAUACCCAACCAGGUUCACCUCCUCGCGGUUCUCUCUGGAAACUAUCAUGGUUAAUUCCUGAUGAAUUCAUCAUGAUGGGCUAACUGGCCUGUUUUCAUUCUCAUCUAUCACCCUUCACUGGUGCUCUGCCAGCGUAUCCCGUUAGCGCAAGCGGGGUUACCAUAGCAUUUUCACCCAUAAAAAAAAGAAAACAUCCAAUAUCUAUAUAUUGAGGUCUGGUCAUUAAUGACCACUUAUUGCGAUAUUGUCCGUACCAGUCGGAUAUCUGUAUUCAUUAUGAGCGGGUUCUUUUCGAUAUAUAAUAUUGGAUAAUAGAUAGUUAAUAUCUAUUAUUGGCCAAUAUAAUAUAUAGAUAUUGUAAUUUUUUUUUAGUCAACUUAGAAUGGCAAACAAGCUGACGGCCCACCUGAUGGAAAGUGGUAACCGUCACCUACAGCCAUGAGCAGUACCAUGUACAUAACAGAGUAUACUGUUUCGCCCAUGAUACCCCCCAUGCGUUGCCAUUCCUGAGGACUCAGGUAUUAUUCCUCUGUACCCAGUAAAUUCACGCCAUAUCCCACACAGAUCUUCCCAGACAGAAGUAGCCAAGCAAUCGACUUUUGUACAAAGUCUCCCUCUGGUAAAUACAAUAUAUAGAAAUAGGUAUAUAUUACCCAUCCUUACUACUGUAUUACUACCUAUUACUCGUUAGAAGGUAUCGCCCUCUAGUGUCAAAUUAAUAAGACGCCUCGUUAUGCAUGAAGGUCUCUGGCGUAGCUUUAGUGUGGAUAAAAACUGGUUUAUAUAAUCGUCUAUUUAAUUAUUUAAGACUUAUUAUUUUGAAGUUGUGAUCAUUAGGUUCGUUAGUUUCGUAACUUGACUACCUAUGUAAAUGGAACUAUGUAUAUUUUAUGUUAAUCGUUUAUUAAAUGAACUGAUUGUUUUAUGUUAAUUUCGUACCAUGUACCUACAAAUAAGUUAACUAUUUUAGUUGUAGCUAUGUGAACAUAUUCCGAACGCUAAUUUUGGGUUCCUCAUGUGUUUGUUAUUUAGUUCCUGUAAUCUAAGAUAAUAUCUGAUUGAGGGAGACUCAAUAUUAAAUGUAGUACCUACAUGUUUUAUUUUAAUGCAUUUGUAUUGGAUGAUCUUUGUAAAUAUUGUAAAUAUUACGGAUAGACAUAUUCCGUAGGGCACCUGUUUUAUAAUGUGACAGUCAAUUCACAUUGUAGUCUUGUAAAUAAAUGAAAAUGAAUUAGA